UAUGCAAAAAUGUAUAUCCCAUGAAGUCGCACUGAUACUGAAGUAGCAUGAUUUCAAAGCCGCAUUUACCCCCGGUUAAUAUAUAUGCGGCCGUGCGGGCCACGUUUUGCGCGGGCACGAGAGCCCAUUCAUUUGAAUGGACUCCCGUGCCCGUGACACGCAGGGAAGAAGUCUCUGCACUUCUUUGGAAAAUGCAGCCUACACGGGAACCUCGGUUCCCAGUACGGUUGCGUUUUCCAGUGCGGGCGGCACGCCAUUAGAAUUAAUGGCACCCACCCGCGGGUCCGCAAUUCUCUGUGCAGGUGGUGCGGCUGCACGGAUUUUCGUGUGGAUCCGCAGAGGCACCACCCGCACAGAUGUGAACCAAGGGUCAGUGUAAAC